AUGGAAGAAGAAACAAAGCUGAUUAAAGUCUUGAAAGCUCACAAGACAGCCUUGGGUUGGACUAUUGAUGACAUUAAGGGCAUAAGCCCUGCUAUCUGUAUGCACAAAAUUUUGCUGGGGGAAGAUUCAAGGCCUGUAGUACAACCUCAAAGAUGGCUUAACCCAACCAUGAAGGAGGUGGUUCAAAAAGAAGUGAUGAUGCUGUUGAAUGCUGGAAUCAUAUACCCAAUUUUUGAUAGCUCUUGGGUGGGGAGGAAGAUUCCUCAAGAGUUCACCAAGCAACAGGUGAAGAAGCUGUGCAAUGAAGCCAAGAAAUUCUUUUGGGAUGAGCCAUUCUUGUUCAAAAGGUGUCCAGAUGGAAUGAUUAGAAGGUGUAUCCCUGAAAAUGAGAUAAAGGACAUAUUGUGGCACUGUCAUGAUGCCGGAGAGUUUGUGCAACAUUGCAAUGAAUGUCAAAGAUCUGGAGGGUUGACAAAGAGGAAUGAAAUGCCUCAAAACUUCAUUUUGGAAGUGGAAAUGUUUGAUCUCUGGGGUAUAGAUGUCACGGGUCCCUUUCCUCCAUCCUAUUCAUUCAAAUACAUUCUGAUAGCAGUAGAAUAUGUCUCCAAAUGGGUGGAAGCUAUAGCAACAACUACCUGUGAUGCACCAAUUGUUCUUCAAUUUCUUAAGAGACAUAUCUUCACUAGGUAUGGAGUACCUAAAGGUCUUAUCAGUGAUGGUGGUAGCCACUUUUGCAAGAGACAGAUGGAAAAGUUACUCCAAAAAUAUGGAGUAAUUCAUAAAGUGGCCACACCAUAUCACCUUCAUACCAAUGGCCAGGAUGAAUUGGCAAACAGAGAGCUGAAAAAAAUUCUAGAAAAGACAGUGGGGAUCACAAGGAAAGACUGGUCAAGAAAAUUGGAUGAUGCUUUGUGGGCAUAUAGAACAGCAUUCAAAACUCCAAUUGGAAAGUCACCAUUUCAGCUAGUCUAUGAAAAGUCUUGUCACCUCCCUGUGGAGCUUGAACACAAAACUUUCUAG